AUGCUCACCCCAAUGACGAACCCACUCCGCCUUAUUGGCGCUGGCUGCAGGUUCCUUAGCACCAACAAUAGGCCGCCACUGCACAAGAUCUUUCCCUCCAAGAAGCUGGUGAACAGGAUGCUGUUCGACCUUGAUAGCCGACUGACCUUCCGGAAAUUACUGCCUGUAUACGAGCAAGUGUACACCCAAUUAGACAGUAGUACGGGCGAUUUGGUAGUACCCCGCGGCGUGAGGGCGCACGACGUUAUGAUCAUGAAAAAGGUGCUGGAGAAGACUCGCCGCAGAACGAAGAGCUCCAAUCGCCAUCUACUUGCGCUGGAGAACGAGCUGCUUUACAUGGCUGCGCAGAUGGGACACAAAGAUGCAGCGGCGCUGCUAGCCUUUGACACGCUGUGCAACCCGGCGUCGCAGACGGCAGCAGACAUGGAAUAUGCGAAGUUAAUGGUCAAGGAUUUUUACCGCUCUGGGCAUCCGCUCACGCUCAAGCUGACAGGGGACCUUUCCCUGGCGAACGGCGACAAUACUACAGCCGAGGAGUACUACAUGAAAUUCCUGAAGAAAGAAGCAGACACUUUUCUUGCUGGCGAGGUUUAUGGGCAGCUGGGCAGGAUAUCCUUCCUCCGCUCGCACUUUGCGCAGGCAGAGGAGCGUUUCCUACAGGCGAUAAAGCUUACUCCGCUGGAGUACUCGGUGCAGUCGUACUUCUAUCUUGGUCAGCUGUACAUGAACUCUGAUCCGCUUAAGGCGCGCUCGCUCCUCGAAUCCGCGGCUUCGCAGGGGUUCAAGGAGUCCUUCAAAACGCUGGGCCACCUAGAGAUGAACUAUUUCUGCGACUUGACUAAAGCCAGGGAAUGGUUCAAGCUUGGAAUGGAGCUCGGGGAGCUGGAGUGCAUGAUAGGGUGCUUCGACUGUGCCAUCACAUUGGGGGACUUGGCUCUCGCCCACAGAGCAUCGAAAAGCCUUGAGGCUCUAGCAAAAACCGACAAAAUCUACCAGGCGCUCUACACGCAAUUUGCCGACUACAGGCAUGAGAAACUGUCAUUACUCGAGGAAUAUAAAGCUGAGAAGGCGUUGGACGUUUCCGGGUCUAUAUACGCCGCAGAAAACCGCGAAAAAUAG